AUGGAAGCCGACGACAGCGAUGAGUUUCCAGCACAACUUCCAGAGCCACAAGACUUAGGCGAAGAACCUCAUAGUCACGAUCAGGAAAUAUUGAAUAUUGUGAAGCUCAUUGAACAGCUUGAAGCUUCGUCUGAAAGGCGUCAUUAUGAUGAUGACGUUCCCAAAGAAAUUGCUUUGGACAACCCGACAGAAGGAGGGGAAGGAUCCGAAUCAAACAUUAGAAUAGAAGAUCAAAUCAACAAUGGUGGUGGUGUAGAAAGUCAACAAGUACGUCAGCAAGCACCUGGCCAAGAACAACGCCAUGAAGCAGGACAACAACCGCAACAACCACAACAAGAUCAGGAAGAACAGGGGCAACCACCAGAAGCGAAUCUACAUCCCUUUCUGUUGAAUGAAAACCGACCCGACGAGGAUGAAAUCGUCGAAUUACAAAUCCGACAGACUACAGAAAUUAUCGCCCAAUCUUUGGCGCGAUACAGAGCCCAGGGAGUCCCCGAAGAUGAUUUGGAAUUGGUACUCAUUCCACACAGUGCCGGCGGCAAUUUUCUAUCGAGAGGAGCCUGGUUUGGAGCCUUCAUCUUGUCGUCUGUGGUGUUACUAUUCACAUUACAAAUGCAAGCCAUGUUUGGACGCACAGUGGUAGUGGACGUGACCUUUGACGAUCUCAUGUACGAAUUGUUGGAGAUCCGACACUUUUCAUCCCAGGUGCAGCAGUGUCACAAGGACAAGAACAGUACUACCACUAUGGAAGAUGAUGCAUUUCCUGCCAGUCCAUUUUCGAUAGAGGGAAAUGAUUGUAGCAAUGGCGUCCUUCACAUUCCUGCACUACAUGUACUGCGGGAUCCUUCCUUGCAUCCACAGAGCAACCGCUUGAUGCGGUAUCGACAAGGCCUCAAUCUCACUUGGAGAAUGCCAUGUCAAACCACCAACCGUGCAUUGUUGACGCCACAGGAAUGUAGUGCUUUGGACGAAAUGGAGGGUGUGUGUACCAUAAACAAGAAGGAUGAUGCCAUGUGUUUUCGUGGGGUCCAUGACAACAUUGUCUCUGACAAGGAAGUCGACGCUACGCUAAACUUUGCCAAGGAAUUGCUCAAAGAUGGCAGUGACCACUUUGACGUAUAUCUGGCAAGUAAAUUGGAAGAAAAGUUGCCAGAAGUGGUGAAAAAGCUACGAAACUUGCUGGCUGACGUUUAUUCUCUGCCGCAAGAAGUCGAACCAUUUGCCUUUCGGAUACUUGCAGCUGGUCCAAUGGACGGCUAUGGAGUGAGCCGAAAUGAACCUUAUCUAAACCAGCGUCGUUAUGAAAGGUGGGUCAGGAUCCAAAAAGUGAAAAACGAAGGAGCAAAACCCUCCAUUCCAUGGCCUUUUCGUUGGGAACCUGUUCGGGACCAAUGUCUACUCUUGUCGGAUAUGGAAGCGGACCCAAACUUUUCCAUAUAUACCUCAGUCUUUUUGACGACGGGUGCCGGGAUGGAUUAUCGAGGUGGAACAACGCUCUAUGUGGACGAGGAGGAUAGUACACUUGGUUCGAAUCGAAGAUCCAAGAUCCAGCGUGGUCUGGUGAUAGAUGGUUCAGAAGGAAGAGUCGUCGUUUCGACGGGUGGAUUAGAGAACAAGCGCUGUCGGUUGCCCCUUCGAGAAGGCCUUCGAAUAGAGCUACAAAUUUGGUGGGAUUCGGCGCCAUCUGACUGA